CCACAGAUUCACGGCCCAGUGACCUAAGAAAGAGGUAAACAGGUGGUCAAGCCUCGAUGAGGCAAUGAGAAAUAGAUGAUCUUAAUGAUAUACAAUGCAUUGGUAGACCAAGAGUCGAGCGUCGAGCGUUGAGAAGAGCAGCCCAGAAAGGGCGCGGGGACAGAAAUCCCUUCUAUCACGUGAUGCUAUAUAAACGUCUGGAUCCGUUCACGAUGCGAUCCUCUGUUAUUUCAAAAACGACAAAUAAUCAGAACUUAUGGAGGCAUUCCUUCGGUCAUCCCACGAUUUGAUUGUCUUUUAAUAGCCAGAUUUGGGGCAUGUCACAGCAAAAUGGGGUUUCUUCCCUGGCGUCUAUAGAGACUACGCCACCAUCCCACGCAGCCCCCAUCACGAGUUCGCAUCCAACUGCUCCAUUAUUCGAACAACGGGCACCAGCCAACAUUGAGCAAUUGUCUGGGAAAAUACCAUCGAAUCCUAAUCUGCCGUCGAGUACCGUCUCAAGUAAAGUGCAAAUUCCAAAACUGUCCGCGGCUACCACCGAGCUCCUUGCACGGGUGACGGGGAAUAUAAAGGAAGAGAAGAAGAGAGAUGAUAAUAAGUUCGCCAGUUGGAAUUCAUCUCUGUAUCAUAACAGUUUGAAUAGCUGGGAUAGUCGAGAAGCAAACAAGAUGAAAGCUUCUUCGGCAAUCAUAGAGCUCCCAACGGCACCGUUUGUGUGCUCGAAUACUGCUGUGGCCUCUGAUAUUCCCCAACACAUUCCUACACCAUCACAAGAGAACCAUCUAAAAUCAACAGGUCUCAUCACACUUGCUCCUAAGCCAGCUGGACCGUCGUCAAAGCUUUUAGCCACUUCGACAAACAUCCAGUCAGUCUCACAAUCACAGCCUACGGCUCCAGUGGCCAAGAAUACGUCCUCCGCAAAGCAACAGAAAGCGCCAGCCGCUCCCCGCCAGCGGAGAAGCAUCACUAAGGGAAACAAGCGCUUGAAAAAGCGACGACGUGGGGAUGACAGUGAUGGUGAAGGAGUAAUCAGAGCAGGAGAAUCUAGUUCUGAUGAGUCUGACAUUGCACCUUCUGCAACGCAGACUAAGUCCGGUCGACAAGUGCAUCGUCCUUCUCUCUAUGUUCCACCAGCAGCUCCAUCUCCAGUGGCCAACAAAGAGAAAUCCAAUUCUUUAGAAUCGUCCGAUAUCACACCUACCCAGACCGCAGUCGCCCGAAAACGUAAACGCGUCUACCGCAAAGGGAAGGAGUUGAAUGUCAACUGUAUACAUUGUGAACGAGGGCAUAGCCCAUUAUCGAAUGCCAUUGUUUUCUGCGAUGAGUGCAACGGGGCAUGGCAUCAAUUAUGCCAUGAUCCCCCUAUCGAUAAUGAAGUUGUGACUGUGCAAGAGAAGGAAUGGCUCUGCCGGGAGUGCAAACCUGUGCAGAACAUGGUUGUCCAUCCCACGGUUGUCCGAAGUAAUCCGAGUCAGUCAUCUGGACCACUCGGUCCAUCACUUCGGCCUUCUUUGACAAUGCCUCAGGCUGAGGUUGGAGGAGAGGGUUUCUCAGUAGAUGAAAGACGAGGUUAUUUGUCAAGCCUUUCACAUGCAACUUUGGUUGAACUCCUGGUCACCAUAUCAGACAGUCACUUAUCCAUCCCGAUAUUCCCUGAGAACAUGAGGGCUUUACAAACGUCAAAUUUCUCUUUUCAGUCGAGUACAUCAAUGGCACCGCUUCCCUCUCUCCCUCACUCAACAAAUACCCCGGCAGCUACCGCUCCAGCCCAUGAGCCCACCAACCCUCCAUUAGCUGACCAGCAGGACUCCAUACCAAAUCCAAACCCCCCACCUUCCGCUUCAUCAUCUCAAAGGAAGAAAAAGAAGAAGCAUCACGAUGACUCGGAUGAAUCCGAGUAUGAAGAAUUCCAAGAGCAUCGUUUGUAUCCACGGGCUGGAAAUGGUUUCCGUCUCUCGCUCAACGUUGAAGAUCUUGAUAUUAUGCGGGAUGAUUCUGCAUGUCCUACAUUCAGCUAUGCUUUGCAUGGCCCUGCCAAAGCUCGGGCAGAAGCAAAUGUAAUGCCUCCUGUUUGGGGUACAGCAUGAUUAUUACUUUGUUUUCUUCCGAGUUCUUUUCGCAGAUACGUGAUAAUUGCUACUGUUAUUGAAUUCAUGCAUGUUCCAUCCUCCGUUCAGUCAAGGGCUACGUGUGUAUUUUGGUAUGAACUUUAUAGAAAGAGACUACG